AUGGAAGCACCUCUUCAACCACUGCCGGUACAACCCCCUCUGGGAAACCAACCCCAGGACGAGUUCAGCGGCACCGAAAGAGUUUAUUUGCUCCCCCACCAUCAAAACGAGAUUGAACGCCUGAAACGGCAACAUUUCUUCAUCAAGGCGGCGACCGAUGAUAAGCUGAUCCCGAUCGAUCUGCCCACUGGAGCCAGAGUGCUGGAUUCAGGAUGCGCCGAUGCCCACGACUGGAAGACAGUGCUGGCCAAUCUGGCGAAUGCGGUCAAGCCCGGUGGAGUGCUACAACUGGUCGAGGCUGAAUGGGUUCUGGAUUCGUACGCGGACGAGCUUGUGCAGCGAAAGAAAUUGGCCAAGGUGCAAGAGUGGGCGACUGGAUCUUCCGGCAUGGACCUGCACAUUUGGAAGAAAUUUUCAGAUCUCCUCUCGCUAGGCUUUCACGACAUGAAGAUUCAGACCUACCCCCUGGGCUAUGGCGCCACUCCCAAGAGACCGCAAGACUGCAUCUGGACGGCAGAGCUUUUGCCACAGUCCUUCCGUCACUUGGUGCGGAAGAUUCCUGCCGAGGGGAUUCCCGGUGUGGCCCAAACCCCCCAGGAGUAUCUAUCGUGGUUGGACGAUCUUGUGGAGGGGAUAAAACAGAUUGUAUAUACGCCCAAGCUCCGAUGGUUGACUGCGCGAAAGGCUUAG